CUCUGGUUGGUGACCUCUUAUUCAAAGUCAACAAAUUGCACACUCCCCUUAUAUUUAUAGCAAAAGUAAAACAUUUGUUUUAAAAAAGGUAUCACUGAUAAUCAGAAGCCUACCUAAUUUUUGUACGUGUGCAAGGCUGAUAGAGAGCACCUGACCUUGAAGGGUAAAGAGUGUGUAAGAGCAGGAUAUUCUUUGCUAUCUACUGUAAUAAAACCUGUAAGUAGGGGCUAGCUUUCUGUACCCAUUGAAUGGUACUUCACUCUACAAGUAGUCCCACUGAAGUCAGGGGAACUAACUGAAGUCAACUGCUACUAUACUGCAGUAAGGGUAUCAGACUCUGUCCCUUAAAAACAUAAGAACAUACUGGGUCAGACCAAAGGUCUAUCUAGCUCAGUAUCCUAUCUUCCAACAGUGGCCAAAAGCAAGUGCCCCAGAGGGAAUGAACAGAACAAAUAAUCAUCAAGUGAUCCAGCCCGUCGCCCAUUCCCAGCUUCUGGCAAACAGAGGCCAGGGACACCAUCCCUGCCCAUCCUGGCUAAUAGCCAUUGAUGGAUCUACCCUUCAUGAAUGUAUUGAGUUCUUUUCUUAAACCUGUUACAGUCUUGUCGUUUACAACAUCCUCUGGCAAGAAGCGACUAUUUUAAAAUGAAUGAACAGGAGUUAAUAUCUAGAGUGGGGAGGAAAAUUGCUGCAGCUUAUUCAGCAAGGACCCAGUCCUGCUCCAACUGAAGUCUUGCUACUGACUCCAAUACAAGCAGGAUCAAACCUCAGUGGAGUCAUUGCCCUGGAGACCUUCGUGUCGUUAACAGAAUCAUAGAGUUUAAGGCCAGAAGGGAUCACCAGAUGAUCAUCUAGUCCAAUAGUUCUUAAACUGUGGGUCAGGACCCCAAAGUGGGCCAUGACCCCAUUUUAAUAGGGUCGCCGGGGCUGGUGUUAGACUUGCUGGAGCCUGGGGCUGAAACCGAAGCUGCCCAGGGCUUCAGUCCUGGAUGGCAGGGCUCAGGCUUUGGCUUUUGCCCCCCCAGGGCUGAAGCCCUCAAGCUCUGGCUUUCGAUCCCUCCAGGCUUUGCCCUCCACCCUAGGGGCUUCAGCUUUCGCCCUCCCGCUCAUGGCAGUGGGGAUCAGGCUUCAGUCCCCCUUCCCGGAGUCGUGUAGUAAUUUUUAUUGUCAGAAGGGGGUUGCAGUGGAAUGAAAUUUGAGAACCCCUGAUCUAGUCUGACCUCCUGUAUAGCAGGCUACCAACAGCACACAGCACCUGCACCGAUCUACAUUUCCAUGUUAGCUCCUAGUCUAAAAGAGGCAGAACAUUUCACUGAGUGUAUAGGAUACAGAGGUUUUUUUGGUCCAUCUAAGUUAAUAUCAAGGUUUAGAAGCCAGAGUUAGCUUUUUAAAUUUAACAUUCAGAUAAUCUGUCCUACCUGUUUCAUGGAGGCCUUAAUCCAAUUUUUUUAUAAUUAUAUUUUGCAUGUGUUUACAUCUUGCUGUGAGCUAGAGAAUGAACUUUAUAGCACUUACAUACAUUUUCAUAUGAAGCUCAGUACUAUCCAUAUUAUUUGACUUAUAAAAUAUCCUGGUGUACACUGACCUCUAACUUUCUGCUCUCCCUCCCUCUCUAGACAUAUAGAGAGGGAGAGAGCUUGUAAAAUAUAAUGAACUUCUAAAACACUGAAAAUAGCAACAGAAAUCACCUAUCCACAACAACCAUAGCCGUCAGAUCCCUACAUGGUCUUGAGAGCUUGGUAAACUUUACUGAUUGUUGUUGGCAACAACUAUAAACCUGCUCUUCUUCAAUAACAUUUCUUUAUCACUGAUGGUCAGAACUUUCCCCAUCAAUCAAAUUUAUUCCUUUCACUUCCUCAUGGGUCAACAGGUCCAAAGAUCAGCAAAGCAGCGUUUAGAUGGUUGCCUUGGUGUGGCAUGAACUGGAAUGACAGAGUCUAAAGUUAACAGCUUGGACCGAGCUUUCACCCAAGAGUUCUAGAGCGGGUCUCCUUCCCCGAGACAGUGAGGUCAGAGCCAAACUCUGCUGCCGCCACCUAUCCCCAGAGGGGAUGCACCUGCGGUACAUUAAUACAGGAUGCCCCGCCGGAGACAGUCAGUGGGAGCCUACGGCGGAGCAAGGAGGAGACAGCCAUCCGGGUGCAGUGACCAGCACAGCCGAGGGACGGAGCCAUUGGGGGAGGAUGGACACGGUCCUGAGCUCAGAAGUCUUCCUUCCUGAUGCAGAUAAUACAUCACCAUCUGUUACCUUUCUGCAAGAAUUGCCUAGUUAUCAGUCCAUUUUAAGGCGGAGAACUUCUGCUGGAGGAACACAAGAUAGACGGCAAAACAAUCAUGGCUUUGCGAGACCCCCUGCUGCAGCGAAAAGAAAUUUUGUAGAAAGAGCAGGAGUGAAAAGUGAGGCUGUGGUUCGAUCAAUAAGAGAAUAUGCAUUAAAUAUUCCGGAGAAGAGAAAACUAAGGGACAUCCAGGAGGCUAAUGUAAAAUAUUUAUCUGGAUGGGAUCAGUUGAAGCAGACCAGGAAUAAAUCAUGGAAAAAAUUCCUAGAUGAAACCAAGGAGCUGUCGUCUUACUUGGAACUUUGGAGAAAUGACAUUCAUAGCAUUGAGGGGAAGUUUGGCACUGGUAUCAAGUCCUAUUUCUCCUUCCUGCGUUUCCUGGUCCUGUUAAAUUUUAUUAUCUUUGUUCUGAUGUUCAGUUUUAUAACACUUCCAAGCACCAUUUCUCAAUAUGGAGUUCUCAACAGCAGCUAUGUUAAAGUUCCUCCAAAAGACAUAGAGCCACAAUGCACAGUUUAUACAAUUAGUGGUACUAAAGGACUCGUUUACUUCUAUACUUACAUAAUAGAUCUGCUCUCUGGCACUGGUUUCCUUGAAAUGACGAGUCUGUUUUAUGGAUAUUACAGAAUAGAUAUGGUACAUUUCAGUGCCAUUAAAUACAAUCUACCACUUGCAUACUUGCUGACUACACUUGUGUAUCUCUCAUUAAGUCUUAUCUGGAUAGUGAAAAGGUCCGUGGAAGGAUUUAAACAAAGCUUUGUACGGGAGGAAGAUCCAUUUCAGAGCUACUGCAACAAAAUCUUUGCAGGCUGGGACUUCUGCAUUACAGACCCGAAUGCUUCACGGCUAAAACAUAGUAGUUUAAAAUAUGAACUAAAAACAGACUUGGAGGAAGAAAGACUAAGGCAAAAAAAAGCUCGCAGGACAACAGAAGAAAAGCUGCGCAUCUACUGUCUAAGAAUAUUUUUAAAUAUCUUUGUUCUUGCACUUUUGUCAGGAUGCUUUUACUCUAUCUAUAGAGCAACCAUCUACUCACAAGAAAAUAUUUCCAAUGUCAGCAGCAAGAUGACGUUUGAGGGCAAUCUCUUCGUGCAAUACUUGCCUUCUAUAGUGAUCACCCUGGCCAACUUUAUUGCACCUCUGUUUUUUUCAUAUAUCAUCAAAUUUGAAGAGUAUUCACCAGCCUUUGAGAUCAGGUUAACACUUAUGCGGUGUGUCUUUGUGCGGCUGGCCAACAUUGGUGUUCUCUUGUUUUCACUGGGGAAUCGAAUCGUAUGUGCUAAUGAAAAAUGUAAGGCCUGUGGAUACAAUUACGAACUCUACCCAUGCUGGGAAUCUCGAGUUGGGCAGGAGAUGUAUAAGCUGAUGAUUUUUGAUUUCAUAAUAAUUUUUGCAGUGGCAGUGUUUGUUGAUUUUCCUAGAAAGUUGUUAGUUACCUAUUGCUCUUGUAAACCGAUUCAGUGGUGUGGGCUGCAGAAAUUUCAAAUUCCUGAAAAUGUACUGGAAAUAGUUUACGGGCAGACAAUCUGCUGGAUUGGAACCUUUUAUUCACCACUUCUUCCUGCUAUAGCAACUAUAAAAUAUUUUAUCGUCUUUUACAUUAAAAAGAUAAGUUUGAUGCAUACAUGUAGACCUUCAAAGAAGUCUGUCAGAGCAUCAAGCUCUAAUUUCUUCUUCCUGGCGGUGCUGUUGAUUGGGCUUAUAUUGGCUUUUAUUCCUUUGGGACUCAGCAUGACACGCAUCCGCUCCUCUAAAGCAUGUGGGCCAUUCGUUAAUUUUAACAGUUCGUGGGAUGUUGUUCCACGUACAAUACGAGGGUUUCCGACAGCUCUGCAGAAGGUCCUUAAUGGUAUCGCUUCAGAAGCGUUUGCAGUGCCUUUCUUUAUGGUUAUCUGCCUCAUUAUGUUCUAUUUCAUUGCCUUGGCUGGAGCAUAUAAACGGGUCGUUGAUCAGCUCAGGGAACAAUUGGUUAUGGAGAGUCGUGACAAACAGUUCCUAAUCAGAAAGCUAACAGAAGCUCAGAAGCGUAGUUGAAAAACCUCCAAAAGGAAAUUAUGUGUGAGAUGGGUUUUGACUUUUUGAGACUUUACAGAACCACUGGAUACAGCAGGAACAAACAUAACAAUCUGUAGGACCUUGUAAACUGAAUCACUAACUAGGAUCCUGAUCUUUCAAACAGUUUUGUGCACACUUUAAGAACACAAGUAAUCCUACAGCUUCAAUGGGACUACUUGUGCUUAAAGUUAAGAAUGUGCACAAAUGUUUUCAGGAUUGUGGCCUUAACCUGUUUGUACCAUAUUAACUCUGCACAGAAACUCUCUGGUAGGACUAUUUAUGCUGCUAGGCUUUAAGAUUGUCAGUGUUUACAUUAAACGCCUAUUUUCAGGGGGUUUUAGAUUGCUCUAAAAAUGUGCUCUGAGCUGAAACUUUGCCCGUGAAGUGUCUUUGCCCAGAAACCAUUUGAAAUAUCAGUUUAUCAGUUUAUAAAUUAUGCUGUGGGAGUAGAGGGGGUCGGGGGAGAAUAGGAAUUGCUAGUUUUACACUUUUCCAACUAACUUCUCUUUUAAAACUGAAGUGUUGGAGGCAUCUAGGUUGCUAUGCUGAAUUAGCACAUUGGGAAGGAACAAAUAAAAUCUGUAUUCAUUUAAGUAGAUUUACUCAAUAUUUUUAAUAUGUAGACUUAGAGCUUUUGUCUGAAACAGGUAUUAUGGUCCGUCUUGUCUAUGAUACACUGGAAAUUUGGCCGUAAGAGUUUCAGAAGCAAAAUAGAAAGAAAGGAAUUUUGAACAAACACUGGGGAAUAACCCACUGGGGACAGAUCCUCAGUUGGUGUAAAUCAGUGUAGUGAAACUGAAGUAAAUGGAGCUAAGCCAGUUUACACCAGCUGGGGAUUUGGCCCUGAUUUUAUGCCUUCAAUGUACUGUUACUCAAAUAUUGUUCUGAACAAGUUUUGAAUGUUCUAGUGCCUUUCUGGCUUAACUCUCAGGUGUACAUAUUUUAAAGCAAAUAAGUAGCAACUUUGCAAUACAACAUUUGGAAAUAUUUAUACUCUUAUAUGCCAGUAUGUCUUAAAUGCACUACUUUUUUUUUAAACAAGAACUAUAUUUUUAUGAAAGAGUAAUUUCCAAAUACUCUACCAGAUUUCAUUAUUUGAAGAAUGUGCUUCCAUUGCUUAGAGUUUUCUAUAGUGCAUUGUAUGUAUGUAUGCGUAUGUUACUUGAACUCUGUAGAGGAUAAUUUGGAACAUAUUACACAAUAGCAAUAAGUAUUUAUGCAAGCCUCUGAUGUACUGUAAAUCUUUAAUAUGAGAGAUCCUGUAUCUUUGACUGUAUAUCUUGGAAUGUUUCAUUUUUUAAAAACUAACAUGGAUUAAACAACUCUGAAUCUUA